AUGGAGGCUUCGGACCCCGCACUUUCCUCUGCUCCUCCCAAUGAUCCUCUUCUGGGACUCGAUCGAAAGGUUGUUUUGAACGCAACCGAAAUUUUUCAACAACGCUUUACCAUGUUCAGCUUCCUUCAUGGACCUACGCUACUCAAACUCAUUUACGGAGAAAACCCGUUGGAUUUGAGGUUCUGUGGCAUCAUGGCCUUGUGUGCGCGGUUUAUCCCAGAAUUGAUACACGAACAUGGUGGUCCUCUUGCUGCAUCUGAACACUUCGCUGCCUACCUACGACACAAGAUAACUGCCCAGAUAGUGAUCAGUUUGGACAUAACAAUUGCCCAGACUUUACUGUUGCUGAGCUUUCAUGAUUGGGGUUCUGGAAAAGGCGGCCAGUCGUGGACAUAUAACGAACUGAUGGUUGAAGGCAGGCAUGGCGACCAGAGCUUGUUCAGUGACCCUUGCACGACUAUCCCGGUCUAA